AUAAAUAGAACUUUAGAGAACGAUCAUUUUAUUCGUUAGAAUCUUCAUUUAUGUUGUACAUUUUAUCAUCGAGAAAACACAAGAUCACAUCGCGAUUAUUAAAAUAGUGAUGGGCGCUUUAACCCUUCUUUCAUUAUGGCGGCCAUAGUUCUACAAAUAUUUGUAGAACACAUUCGCUACAACGCUGAAGCUGUUGAAAAUUUUAUUAGGAUAUUGUUAAUAUUUCAAGCAUACGUGAAUUUGUAAUUAGAUAAUUAAGAUAAUUUUUUCAUCGUGGGACUACUGUGGAAGUUCAAGCGUUCAUAUGCGAGCGUGGUAGCGAAUGUGUUAAUAUAAUUACUAUAUUCGAAACUUCGUGUUAUUAAACCAAGUUCUAAAAGUUUACAUUUACCAAUUGUGAAGAAGGGUUAAUAUUCUCUUUCUUGCACUUCGAUAGUUAUUAAGCACAAUGGCGUUUUUAGAACAUUUUUAUUUUAUAAUAAAUAAAGAAAUAAUAUCUCGUUCUGUAAUGAAUUUAUUUAUGAGUUAAGAUUGCAAUCAGAACAGAAAUUAUCUCUGAAUACUGUUUAAAGCUUCGUUGAUAAUAGAUAAAAAUACUAUAACUUUACACCUUUCGAAAAUGUUAAUCUCGAAAGUCUUACAAAAUUUACUGAUUAUUUUUUUGAGUAAUUGCUGACUAUUUUUUUGUAAUAGACUGCUGCAAAGAAUUUAAGCAUAUGAUAAAAAAUGUAUGUUAUGCUAAUUACUUCCUAUUGGUACAAACAUCUAAUACAAUCAGUGAGCUGUUAAAGAUUUUUUAAAUUUUCAAGACCAAAAUCUUCAAAAACCUUAAAUCUAGAAGAUAAUAUUCGAAGUCAAAAUCAGCCCAUCACCAGUAAUGUUAAUGAAAGUAAACAGAUUCAUGCAGGACAUCAAAUAAACGAAGCUUCUAUGUAUUCUUGGAAUCUAUAUUAUCAUACAGAUUUGCGUGUCUGUCGCAGUCGAUCAAUCAACUGUUCUUAAAAUAACGCGAAAACAAAAGAAUAAACAUAACUAAAAGUAACAAUAACGAGUUUUGUUAAACAUCAAGAAUCUUUCUCUGAUUAAUUACUAAAUGAUACAUAUUUCUCUUCGAUUAUUCUUUUCUUAUAAAAAUAUACGACCCACUAUGUACAUAGGUCUUCCUCGACAUUUUACAUCGUAAUAGUUACAUUCUCUUUUUAUGCGCUAUUUUUCGAAGAAAGCGAUUAUGCGCGAAGCGAUUUAACGCGUACGGUCUCUUAACACGUUGACUGGUAGAAAAGUAGAAAAUAGCCGUAUCCAUUAGUUCAAUUAGGUUUUUUCUCUUAAUAGAGACAGUUAGAGCGAUGGGCAAUUCUAUCCGCAUUCUACCGUUAUAAAAUUUUUAUGACUUUUCGAAAUUUUAAAACUUCUCUAAAUUUUCGGUAAACAAAUUCUUAAAAUUUUAGAUUUCCUUUUUAAUUUCAGAAAUCGUAAAUAUUUCAGCGGGUAGUUUUGUCCAUCACUGAUUUAGAGAACGUCUAACUUGACUUAUCAAAGAUCUGUUGAAAGAGGAUCCUCUAUUUUUCAACUGAACGAAUAAAAUAUUAGGCCACCGACUCUUAUGGCAGUCAGCGUGUUAAAUUUCAGCUUGUUUUAUAAAGUACAUAGUUACUGAGGAAACGAGGUACGACUUAAAGUGUAGCACUACAACUAUAUGGAAGUAUUAGGAAGAUAUUCGGGAUUUUACGGUGCUUCGUUCAAUUGUUCUUAACGUGUCUUAACUUUUAUCGUUUCAAAUUUUCCCAAGAUGAGCAAUUUUUAAGCCUCGAACGCUUGAUUCGGAUACUUAAAAUCUUAUUUAUGUUUCGCAAAUUGUUUUACAAUUCAACAAUAACUAAUAUUUGAAAGGAAAUUCGUAUUCUUUUAAUCACAGUACAACUUGUCAGCGAUCAAAGGCUCGCUAAUUAUUUUUCGUAAUAUAUGGCAUUAAAAAGUCUGUUGAUGAAACUUCAAUAAGAAAGAUGUCUAGUAGCUAUUGCAUAUGCAGUUUAUUCGACAGGUUUCGUUGAAAAUAAUUAGAGAUUCACUCGAUUAUAGUAGGUCAUCGAUAAAACUGAAUAUGUAUCUUGCAAGGAGUGGCAAAACAGAAACGAGAUUAAACGACUAAGCGGACGUAAACAAGAUUCAGUCAAUAUCUUCUCGUUUUCAUUGGUGUUUGUUCACUGAAACUCGAUAGAUUCGUAGUAGAAGUUCUGUUAUAGUACUGAAUUACAAAUAAAGGAAUGAUUGAUUGAAUAAAAGUAAGUAUCAAGGACGAUAUCCAAUUCGACAAAUUUCCUAAAGAACAUGAAAGGUUUUCUUAUUUACGUGAGGCUAUUAAAGAAUGGAGCUACUAGUGCCAACAGUCUCUGACAUUGUGUUUAAAUACACAUGGACUGUACCAAAUUACAAGAAGUCUAUUUUAAAGAAAAGCUUCAUCGAUAGUCCAUCGUUCGACGUGAACGUGAAUGGCAUUCACAGUACCUGGAAUCUUUCCAUCAGGUUUUGGAAAAAUCCUGACGGCAAAAGAAUGAUAAACCCGGUGGUAUUGUGUCUGAACAUGUUGAGCUGCACCGUAGAUGAAGCGGAACAAGCCAAGAUACGAUUUCAAUUUGCAGUUUUCAAUGCCGACGUUAAACACUGGGAAUACUGUCAUGUUAGCAGAACAGUACUCGAGCUAAAAUCUUGUUUAGAUAUCAUUUCCUUAGGAUAUAGGGAUUUAUCCAUCGUCGACAGGCAUUUAAAGAAGAACGGGGAAAUUACAUUGAUGGUCAAGAUACAGAUCAUACAAUGCGAAAGCGAGAAACAUAACUUGUCGCAGGAUAUGGCUAAGUUGUUGAAACAUCCAUAUAGCGCUGAUACCAAGUUAUCAUGUGGCGGUUUGAAUAAUACAGAGAUUCCAGUUCACAGCAGCAUAUUAGCUGCUCGUAGUCACGUUCUGGCAGAAAUGAUGUCUCCCAUACGUGAAUCCGAUGGACGGAAAAACUCAAACACGAAUACCACAGAAGUAUCGAAUACGUCAGAACCACAAGAAGGAAACUUGAUUUCUAAGGAGAACAGAUCUUUUAGCGACUGCUACACAUACUCACUAGAAUUGUUGGAUCUCAGUAAAGAAGUGGCUGAAGAAUUGUUAAGAUACAUAUACACUGAUCAUGUUGAUAACCUUGAUAAUUUGGCUCCUCAACUUUUAUCUCUUGCUGAACGUUUUUGUUUACAAGGAUUAAAGGAGCUUUGUGAAAGGAAUCUCAUUGAAACCAUAACACCAGAAAAUAUAGCAAGCAGACUUCUGGUUGCAGAUGAAUUUGGCUGUGAUGCAUUGAAAAGAGCCAGUUUAGCAUAUUGUGAGGAAAACAUAACUAUACUCAACAAAAGUUUAGCAUGGAAAAUGAUGGAACAAGUGAAUCCAGAAUUGUUUAAUGAAGUUUGUGAAGCUGGUAUUGGCAGUUCAAGAUCAAGUAAUAUGGACGAUAGUGAAUUAAGUAAUUAACUUUAUCCUUCUUUUUUUUUGUGAUAUAGGUAAAUUAAUAAUUAAUUGUAAAUUCCCAAGAUGUAUUAAUGAUAAUUUUGUAUCUAUUAAAAACAAAGACCUACAUAUCUUGUACGUUUUAUAAAUAUUUAGGUAUCAAAACAAUA